AUUUUGGUAAUUUUGCGUCUACUGAAAAGUGAAAAGGCUGAAACUAACAAAGAUUGAGUCUAUCGCUUCUCUGCACAAUCAAAUUGAGCUGAGACUACCAUCCAUCGGACCGAGCCGGUAGAGAAAGAGAGAGAUGGCAUCCGGUUGGGGAAUCAAUGGCACUAAAGGAAGGUGCUACGAUUUCUGGGUUGACUUCAGCGAGUGCAUGUCCCGUUGCAGAGAGCCCAAGGAUUGCUCUCUCCUUCGUGAAGACUAUCUCGAGUGCCUCCACCAUUCCAAAGAGUUUCAGCGAAGAAAUAGGAUUUACAAGGAAGAGCAACGAAAAAUAAGAGCUGCCGCACGAAAAGAAAAGGAUGGCGGAGAUGGUGUUCACCAUCAUGCAUGAUGAUAAUUUGUGAUCAUUCAAAUUUCCAAGAAAAAUAAUGCAUGGAGAUUGUUGUAUUUGUGUUGGAUCUUUCCUAUAUUUCCUGUUCCUUGGAAUGGAGACUGUUGUUUUGAGCCCGUGCAACAGAGGCAAUGGUUAAUCUUUCAUCACUAGACCUGGAUGUGACAGCAAUAUUUGCGACUUCAAUUUUCAAAUUCUGAGAAUUUUAUUUUAGUUCA